CCAUUGGCUCAGCGUGACACUUACCUGCGCGGGGCCCGGGGCGCAAAGUCCGAGGCGCAGUCUGCGGCGGUGGCGUCGGUGGGCCGGUGCACUGCUCCGCCAGGCAGGAUGCCUCCGUGGCCGUGGGGAAAGAAGACCAAGGCCAAGGAAACCAAGCCCACGGAGACCUCCCCGCUUGCGGAGCGCGAGCAGACGGGCGCAGCCGGUGGGAGCGCCCCGGAACCCCCGGCCCCCGCGCCCAGGCUGGUCUUCCAGACGCAGCUGGCUCACGGCAGCGCCACGCGCCAGGUGGAGGGUUUCUCCAGCAUCCUGGAGCUCUACGCCAAGAUCGGGGGCGUGUUUGGGAUCUCGCCGUCCGAGAUCUUAUACUGUACUUUAAACACACCUAAAGUUGACAUGGAGAGACUGAUAGGAGGACAAAUAGGACUGAACGAUUUCAUCUUUGCCCACGUGCGAGGACUCAGAAAAGAAGUGACUGUGUAUAAAUCUGAAGAUUCACUUGGUAUCACCAUUACAGACAACGGUGUUGGCUAUGCUUUUAUAAAGAGAAUUAAAGAUGGUGGCAUUAUCCACUCAGUCCAAACCAUUUGUGUGGGGGAUCAUAUCGAAUCUAUAAACGGAGAAAGUGUUGUUGGCUGGCGUCACUAUGCUGUUGCUAAGAAGUUAAAGGAAUUGGAAAAAGGGGAACAUUUUACCAUGAAGUUAAUAGAACCGAAGAGGGCCUUUGAAAUACAGCCAAGGUCAAAAGCUGGAAAGUCACUAGCAGAAAAGUUGCCAGAAGGAGAAAAAGUUACUGAAAGAGAAACUCUUCGCCUGAGGUCAAAAGGACCUGCAAAAGUAGAAGAAAUGCCUUCUGGAGCCAAAGCAAAGGCAAUUGAAAAGAUCGAUGACGUUCUUGAAUUGUACAUGGGAAUUCGAGAUGCUGACUUAGCUACCGAAAUGUUUGAAGCUGGAAAGGACAAAAGUACUUCAGAAGAACUCGUCACAGAACUCAACAAAAUUCUUGGAGACUCUGUAUUCCCAGAAGAUGUUGUUGUUUAUGUUUGGAAAGUCAUUGGUGAUGCCAGACAAGGAUGACUGUGGUGACCCCACCUCUGAAGAAAUGAACCAUUCUUCUUAUUUUUAAGACGGCCCCAUGAGAUCUACUUCUGGGCACAAUGAUUAAUAUAAUUAAGCUCUGGUUUAAUUGUAUGUGUAUGGAGUUCAGUGUUUGAAAUGUAAUUUUGAUUUCUGGGUACUUUUUAAUGGAGUUCUUUUGUAGUAUUCUUAAAAUAAAUCACCUAAAAUGUGAGCAAUUUUAAUAUUCAUUCAGAAGAUUUUUAAAAGUUUUAAGAAGUGUUUCUAGAGAGAUGAAUUUACUCCCCAUUAACUCCCAUGCUUUGAUUUCCAGAUAUGAGUAGUUCUGUUGAUGAAUCUUCCUGUAAUGAAUAUUAGAAUUGGAAUGGUGAUUUGCCUCAUAGCAUCUUCAUUUUGUUAUACUAGUUUGAACACGACAUGUUCAGGAGAUAAAAAUGUGAACUAUGCCUCCCACAGGUCUAGAAGUGUGUUUCUAUUCCUUGAGUAAGGGGAGGAAGAUUCUUACUGUCUGUUGAUUUCUGUGGCUCAUGUUCUGUCUUUGUAAAAUAAAGAUUGAGUGAUU